CUGUCAGCAGAAUCAUAACAAAACAAGUAAAAUUUAAGCAAAAUCUUGCAAUACCACGGAACCUGCGAAACAAAAAUUAAAAAACGAUGAAAAAGCAAGCGAAAAACCUGAUCCUGGACCGGAUGCACCGGGGCGUCGUGUACACCUGCAUGGGCCUGACCCUGUGGGGCAGCUACAUGCUGGGGAUGCGGUUCUACCGGUACUUUACCGUCAUCAAGCCGGCCCGCCAGGAGGAGGAGCUGCGGAUGCUGCAGGCGGGCGCCGGGCCCGGUCCGGCGGUGCCCUCGCUGGACACCGCUCCCACGCUCAAGUCGUAAAAGCCGGAAGCGCAUUUGGGGAACUUGAUAAGCUAGACUGUUUGAGAAAUUCUGUUAUGUAAUAAAUGUGAGUAAGAUUGAACGGGGA